ACGUCACGCGGAAAAUUAACCAUCCCCCAUCCACUUCUCACACUCCACUUCACUCUCCUCGGCCAACUAUAAAGCCCGCACCCAGCUCGAUCUGCUUCCCCACCCAACGUCCCCAAGAACUCAUCUGGCCAAAAACCCACCAAAAUCCUCUCGAUCCAUCGCCAAUGGCGGCUUCCUCCGCAGCUUUUGCAGCGUGCCUGCUCGCGUGCGCGCUUCUCUUCCAGAUGUGCGUCGCGUCGAGGAAGCUCACCGCGCUGGUGCAGGACCAGCCCAUCACAAUGACGUACCACAAGGGCGCGCUCCUCUCCGGCCGCAUCGCCGUCAACCUCAUCUGGUACGGCAACUUCUCCGCGCCGCAGCGCGCGGUGAUCACCGACUUCGUCUCGUCGCUGUCCACCCCGCCGUCGCCGCAGCCGCAGCCGGAGCCGUCCGUCGCCAGCUGGUUCAAGACGGCGCAGAAGUACUACGCCAACUCGAAGGCGCGCUUCCCGGCGCUGUCCCUCGGCCAGCACGUGCUCGACCAGUCGUACUCCCUCGGCAAGCGGCUCGGGGAGAAGGACCUCGUCAGGCUCGCCGCCCGAGGCUCGCCGAGCCGCGCCAUCAACGUGGUGCUCACGGCCGACGACGUCGCUGUCGACGGCUUCUGCAUGAGCCGGUGCGGCACCCACGGCGCGUCGCCGCGGUCCCGCGCCGGGCGGUUCGCCUACGUGUGGGUGGGCAACCCGGCGACCCAGUGCCCCGGCCAGUGCGCGUGGCCGUACCACCAGCCGGUGUACGGCCCGCAGGCGGCGCCCCUCACGCCGCCCAACGGCGACGUCGGCGUCGACGGCAUGGUGAUAUCCCUCGCCUCGAUGAUCGUCGGCACCGUCACCAACCCGUUCGGCAACGGCUUCUUCCAGGGCGACGCCGACGCGCCGCUGGAGGCCGCCACCGCGUGCGCCGGAGUGUACGGCAAGGGGGCGUACCCGGGUUACGCUGGGUCGCUGCUGGUGGACCCGGCCAGCGGGGCCAGCUACAACGCGAAUGGGGCGCACGGGAGGAAAUACCUGGUCCCGGCGCUCGUAGACCCCGACACGUCGGCCUGCUCCACCGUCGGGUAGAUUUGUUGGAAUGGAGUAGAGGACUGUUGUUUUGUUACCACGGUGGAGAGUGUUCCACGCGGCUAAAAUUUGUACCUGGGGGUAGUGGUGAAAUUCUUUCAUUUGUUCAAUGAAAAAAAAUAUUAGUUAAAGAUAGUACUGUUCGAAACUGAAUCAA